CCAGAUGCUAACUAACCCCGCAAUCCGGUGGACCAGUCAGUGACGCGAGAUGAGAGUGCUUCCUUUUGGAAUAUAUUGCUGGCCCCCUUGUCGGAAACAAGUCCCAUGCGUUCGCGCUAAGUAAGUGCUAAUUACACCCAGGCGGUCGGUCCGUUGAACCAUGGCUCUACUGUCGAUGGCCAACAGUGGUUUGGCUUGUAGUCCCCAGCGGCAGUUGGCGAGUGUUAUAACAGUUGUGGUUGCGUUUCUGUUGGGUCGUGUCGAGUGUGGUGGGUACUAUCCACGCGAUGUCGAGUUGAUUGGACCGUUCGCAGUGGACAGUCCAAAAAGCAGCACGGAUCAAACCGUGUACUACUAUCCGAGUUACGUGAGAGGGAGCGAUCCGGUAGAGGAGUAUAACCGCCGAAGGUUACACGUGGACACAAGCAGCUACAUGAAGGAAAUGAAGCGUCCCGAUGAGGAGAAGAAUAAAACGGAGUCGGAGGAAAAUCUUGAACCGAGCAAAAGAGUACGGAAUGUAACGGAAGAUGGUGGGAAGGUACGGAACAGUCUUGAAAAUGACAAAACGAAACGAAAAUUGUCGAGAAAAAAUAAAAGCUCCUGGAAAUCAAAAGUCAAAUCCCAGCGAAAUGGAUUUCCGAAGGUUAAGAAUCCAAUCAAACGAAUUGGAUCUGAUGAAGCAACAGAAUUUGAAGAUCCCAUUGAAACCAGAGACCGUGACAGGAAGGGUGACCCGAGGCGAUACGAAGAAUCCGAUCCGCAUGUGUUUUCUUACGAAAGGUCCGAACCGAUAGACGGGGAUGCGAUCAACCGAAGGCAAACACAUCCUCCACCGGAGGAUUCAAAAUAUUUCCAGUAUUUUAAUUUCUUUGGUGACGGUUCGUACAAUGCGGGAACCAAACGUGGAAACAAUCGACACUAUAUCGAGCAGCACGAGCGGGGUUCCAAAGGUGUGGGGGUGUUUCAGAAACGGGUGAAAUGGGCCGACAAGGACGGUGGUUUUGGUGAGCACUACUGGGAUUUGAAUCAUGUUUCGGACGAGUGACGUAGGCGCUGUUGAAAACAUGAAUUAUGUCAUUAACCUUGUGCGUGCAGAGACAACCUAAAGGAGAGUUAUAACACCGAAGUAGAGCUAAUCUUGAUUGAUGCGAUAAAUGUCAAGAGUGGCUAGCACUAAAACACGGGAAUGGAGGUUGUCUGCGCUAGAAUCACUAGCGCUCCAGGUGUGUAUCAGAUCAUGUUUCUCGACGCAGCGCGAGUGCAGCAUUGGCGCGAGUUGCUGAAGUUCGCACCGCACCCACGAGACCUUGGGGUCCCUUUAUGUUGAGCUGGGUAUAAUAAUAAGCUCGUAGCCAUGUAUCAAUUAUUUAAAACGUUUUAAUGAAUGUAACAUAAGGGAGAUAUACUUUAUUUAAAUGUUAUGA